CCACUUGUUUACUCUCACCUCACUCCUCAUAUUAUUCAUUCGGAUCGUUGAAUACUUCUUUGUCAAGAUCUGGUUUUUCUCUUCACUAUAUCUUAAACAGAGAGGGGUGUCCAAUCCAAUCCAACUCCUCAUCUUUUCAUUUCUGUUUAGGCAGAUGGAAAGACACUUGCAUCACAAGAAGAAGCUCUGAGCGAUCUAGAAACUUCAUUUAUUUACAGGACAAAUUGAGGUAUGAUACAUAGAUGGGGAGGAAAGGGAAUUGGUUUUCUUCCAUAAAGAAAGCUUUCAGCCCAGAGUCCAAGGAAAAGAAAGCCCAGAAAUCAAAUAAAUCAAAGAAGAAAUGGUUUGGGAAGGAAAAAUCGUCUGUUCCUGAUUCCUCGCCUUCAGAAACUCUUACUGUGCCUCAUCCUCUUCCUCCACCAGAAGAUGUGAAAUUGAUUGAAGCAGAGGAUGAACAAACUAAACAUGCUUACUCUGUUGCAGUUGCCACUGCUGUGGCAGCCGAGGCUGCUGUUGCAGCUGCUCAAGCUGCAGCAGAGGUUGUUAGACUCACUACCGUGAAUCAGUUCACAGGCAAACCGAAGGAGGAAGUGGCAGCAAUCAAAAUUCAAACAGCAUUCCGGGGAUACCUGGCUAGGAGGGCAUUGCGGGCUUUGAGAGGACUUGUUAGGCUGAAAUCAUUAAUACAAGGGCCCACUGUCAAACGCCAAACUGCGAAUGCUUUAAGAUGCAUUCAAACUGUAGCCCGUGUGCAAUCUCAGAUCCAGUCUAGAAGGAUCCGGAUGUCAGAGGAAAAUCAGGCACUCCAGAGACAGCUUCUUCAAAAACGAGCAAAAGAACUUACAAGUUCACAGAUUGGGGAGAAUUGGGAUGACAGUCUACAGUCAAAAGAACAGAUUGAAGCAAACUUACUGAGCAAGUUUGAGGCAGCCAUGAGAAGAGAAAGAGCACUAGCUUAUUCUUUCUCCCACCAGCAAAACUGGAAGAAGUGUACAAGACCCACAUCUUUAAUGUUCAUGGACCCGAACAAUCCUCAAUGGGGUUGGAGUUGGCUAGAACGAUGGAUGGCAGCCCGUUCAUGGGAGCCCCGAACUACAACUGGCAAAGAACUCAACAAUGACAAGUCAUCCAUAAAGAGUGCUAGCCUCAACACAACUGGCGGAGAAAUCACGAAGGCCUACACUCGUCAUCUACUCAACUCUGGCAAACCUUCCCCGACCUCAAGCCAAAAGCCAAGUCGUCCUUCAACGCCCCCAUCAAAGGCAGCAUCUUCAACAGUAUCCAGGAAAAUAAAGCCAGCAAGCCCACGAGGGAGCAUGUUCAGCCCAGAUGACGAUGCGAAGAGUGUGUUUAGCGUGCAGUCGGAGAGGAAUAGGAGGCACAGUAUUGCUGGGUCAUCAGUCAGGGAUGACGAGAGCCUGGCCGGCUCUCCGUCAGUUCCAAGCUACAUGGCAUCGACAAAGUCAGCGAAAGCAAAAUCACGAAUGCAAAGCCCAUUGGGUUUGGAGAAUGAGACACUGGAGAAGGAGUACUCGGCAGGGUCAGUGAAGAAACGGCUGUCUUUCCCAGCUUCACCGGCUAGGCCAAGGCGGCACUCGGGUCCACCAAGAGUGGAAGUCGGCUCCAUCGCUGGUUAAUUAUUUCGGAUCAAGGAGGAGCAUAGAAGAAAAUAAGCUAAUCUGGAUUUAAAAGAGGUUGACUAAGAGAAGAAUAAGAUUAAAAGAUAGGUGAUAUAUCAUUUGAUUUGUGAAUUUACUUUAUUUUUCACUCAUGUUAACCAUUUUUAUUCUAUUUAUUGCUUUGAGAGGUUGAAAUCAAUGUAUUGGGUGAGUCUUGCUAUGUAAUAUUUGCUUAUUUCUCUCAUACUUCUCUCAUUGUUAAGAUUGUGGUUGCUUUUAGAUAGAACCGGUUUGGACUUUGAUUAUUCUCUUUUGAAGAAUUAAUGUGAUUCUGUUAGACUUUGAUGCCUUA